AUGACCAAUUCAUCAUCAGCACCUGAUCCAAACAUAAGGCGAUACCGUACCGCAUUCACCAGGGAACAGUUAGCUAGACUCGAAAAGGAAUUUAUGAAGGAGAAUUAUGUUUCGAGACCUAGGAGAUGUGAGCUCGCCGCGCAGCUGCAGCUGCCAGAAUCUACAAUAAAGACGGACAAUAAAAAACUAAAUAUUAAAUCCUCCAGGACUAUUAAAGUAGAAAAUGACUACUUAACUAUUGAUUUCAAAUUGCAGCAACCCUCGGUGUGGUUUCAGAACAGAAGAAUGAAAGACAAGAGACAACGUAUUGCCGUCGCGUGGCCUUACGCCGCCGUCUACAGCGAUCCGGCCUUCGCGGCCUCCAUUUUACAAGCGGCCGCGUCCUCUGUAGGCCUGCCUUACGGUUAUCCCUCACCUGCGCUCAUACCACCAUUCCAUAACCCCCAACUAUUACCCUCCGGAUACCCUUACCCUUACCCGACAUACCCCCGUUACCCUUACAUCCCUCCUACUCCCCCGUCGCCAGUUAAUCCCGAAGCGUCAUCCUUAAGGCCCGCAUAUCCCAACUUUAACAUAAACGUUGAUAAAUAA